AUGAACCUAUGUUUCUAUUUAACUUUGGUUUUCUGGGUUUUGGCCUCAGGGGUUUUUGGUAAACCGCAACAUGUGGAGUAGUAAGUUCAUUUUGAAUUUUCUAAACAUACCCUACCCAAAAAAAACCAUGAAGUUCUCAACCCUUCCCUGUCUUGUUUUGCCUUGCCUUGCCCUGGCUUUUCCUGCGCUACCUUGCUUCACCUUAUCCUACCCUACCUUACCCUUGCCCGUCUUGUAUUGCCUUUCUUUCUUUUGCCAUGCCCUACCCUACUUUUUCCUACCCUUCAAAACUAAUUAUAUUAUGAUAUGUUACAGUAUGUCAGUGCCUCACUUCCUCGAACUUCUCGAAACAGCUGAGUACGUGGAAAGACCUCUAGGAUUGCCAGAAACCGCUCAUUCUCAAGUCAACCCAGCCAUUAUCAUCGACCAUGAAAAUGCUGAAGUUCUGGCAGAAAUCGUCAAUUAG